AUGCACCUACUGUGGAUGCUGCUCUUGCUGCCAUUGCUGUUACCACCUUUAUCUCUUCAACAACAGGACUUCUCAGAGAGCAAGGUUGCCAUGGGGCAGAUGAUCCUUUCUGCCCUGGAGAAAGCUACCUCAUUCAUGGAGAAAAGAUUCAGGAUCCUUAACCUAGAUGGUGUAACCGGAUUCUGGGUACUGCAAGUGCAGCUGCAAGGUGUCUUAGAGAAAUGGGCCCAGGAUCCUGCCCUGAAGCCCCUCAGCCUGAGGGUAGAGAAGAUAGUGAAGAAGUUGUUACCACUCAUUGCCAGGGCCACAGUCUACCUCAAGCUCAGUGACUCUAAGUACUUAAAAGAAUUCCAAGAGACUCUACAGCCAGAAUUUUGGAAACUCCCUCAUUCAUGGGGUCACACCAACUCCUCCAUGGUCUACUCCAAAAAAGUAUCACCAGAUAUCCCUCUGAUAGUAUUCUCACAGAAGCUUCUCUCAUUUUCGUGUCCUUUUCAAGCUCAAAAACAAUUCUCGGGGAAGGAGGGCUUGCAGUCCUGCACUGUCACUGACCUCUGCAGGGAAGUCAUGACCAAGCCUGGCUGCAUAGACUAUGCACUGUCACACCAGCUCCUCUAUUUCCUGUUUGCCAAAAUGAAAGGAUGCUCAGAUGGCCUGUUUCUCCAGUCCAAAUACUACAUAGAUAUUUUUUGCGCUAACAUGAUGGAACUGAACUUGGAAACUGAAGAAGCUGGAUUCCCAUUUCCCAAUAGAGAUCUCUUCAUGGAAAAUAUCAUGUUCUGUGGACUUUCUGGCUACUCAGAUUUCUACAAGCCUAGAUGGCUACAGACUAUUCUCACCUGGCAGCGACCUAAGGAGGGCUGCUUUGGGAAGCCUUAUAAAAGAAACCAGUUACACAGAGUUGGUGAAGACCAACAACAAUCAUUGAGAAGAGUUAAGAGGAGAGAAAAAGGAUUUGCAGAUGGGUGUUCUUCCCACAAUACAGCUGUGGCAGUUGCAGCCUUGGGUGGCUUCCUUUAUCACUCUGCAGAACAUUCACCAACCACCACCAAACCUCAUUAA